AAUUCCAUUCCAGCCAUUACAAUGAGCCCGUCCUCCUGUAGCUCCUCCCACCAGCCGCCACUGGAAUUGCUCAAAUUCUAAAAGCUCAGUUCAGUGCUUUCAGAGGAAGACAGGUACAGACCAGGGUCAGGGAGGGUUCAGGUAGGUGAAGACAGGUACAGACCAGGGUCAGAUGUAAGGAUCAGGGAGGGUUCAGGUAGAGUAAGACAGGUACAGACCAGGGUCAGGGAGGGUUCAGGUAGAGGAAGACAGGUAAAGAUUGAUGAUAAUGGAUAGAGAUAAUAUACUGGAUUAUAGGUUUGAUGUGAGGGGGUUCGGGUAAGGGGAGGGGGUUCGGGUGAGGGUAAAGGGAGGGGUUGAGGGUAAGGGGAUGUGGUGAGGGUAAAGGGAUGUGGUGAGGGUAUUGGGAUGAUGCGAAAUGGUAGGGUCAGAUGUUUUUACGUCAAAAUGACUGUUGCCCCUUCUGAUUCGUGAUGGGUUGUGACUACUGUAGUAGUUAAUAACUAACUGACCCGCUCCACCACUCACACCCAUUGGUCACUAGUCCUUCCAUACAGACAGACAGAGAGGGGUAUUUGACCGGUGUGUGUUCUCAAGGUUGGAAGACAUGACAGUGUUCAGGAGCAGCGUUCUGGUAUAGGUUGGAAACUCUGAAGUUCUGAAAACCUUAAUAGACACAGAAAAGAAGAGGAGGAAUGGAAGUGCUGCUGAGGUACACAAUAGUAGACUUGGUGGACAGAAGAUGCUCUUUGGUAAAAGGGGUAAAUUGGUCAUCAAAAAGAAAGGAGAACCAAGGUACUCUUCAUACAAUUAAUUACAAUGUCUUUAUUUGUAUGGCAUGUUCAAUAGAAACAAAGUUUAAAAACUCAGACGCAUUUCAGCUGCAUGGCCUUCCUCAGAGAGUACAAAGAAAUGAUAAUACAAUGUUCUCUUUUGAACAUAUUUUUCCAAUCAGCCCUGAUUUGAAGAGGGAGUGGUUAAGGCAUUCAUUGGACAACACUCAGUAAGCAAUACUAUACACAUUAAAAAGUGAAAUACUGUAGAUAUGCUAUCAACACAUUUAACUCAAAGCUAGAAGCAUCAGAAUGCCUAGAAAGGUAGUUCUAACCUUAAAUAUGACUGGGCAAAGUGCCAAGAAUAGGAGAGCCAUCUUUUUCCAUAGUACAUUAGAACACUACAAACGUGGACAAUAACGGUCCAGACACAGCUGAGGGCAAUAGUGCAACAUGUCCACUAGAUGGCAGGAAAUGGACCAAUCACAACCCGACAGGAAUGGUGAGAAAUCCAUGAUAUGGGUUGUUGACUCAGAGAGAGAAAGACAAUAGUUGAACAGUUUUGAACAAAUGAAUUCCUUCCAAAAUGAAGUAGAAGCAAGAGAGAAAUAGAGCAAGAGAGAGAGAUUAUUAUUGUUAUUAUAUAUAUUUUUUUCAGUUUCAUUUUUCUGGCAAGUUCAGCUGACUAGUUAACAGAAACGCCCUGCUCUAACAGACUUUCCAAGACAACACUAGAACUCUUCUAAGUCAAGCUGUGUGUCAGUCCGCUGUGUAUCAGUCCGCUGUGUGACAGUCCGCUGUGUGACAGUCCGCUGUGUGUCAGUCCGCUGUGUGUCAGUCAGCUGUGUGUCAGUCAGCUGUGUUUCAGUCAGCUGUGUGUCAGUCAGCUGUGUGUCAGUUCGCUGUGUGUCAGUCAGCUGUGUUUCAGUCUGCUGUGUUUCAGUCCGCUGUGUGUCAGUCAGCUGUGUGUCAGUCAGCUGUGUGUCAGUCCGCUGUGUGUCAGUCCGCUGUGUGUCAGUGAGCUGUGUUUCAGUCCGCUGUGUUUCAGUCAGCUGUGUGUCAGUCCGCUGUGUUUCAGUCAGCUGUGUGUCAGUCCGCUGUGUGUCAGUCCGCUGUGUGUCAGUGAGCUGUGUUUCAGUCCGCUGUGUUUCAGUCAGCUGUGUGUCAGUCCGCUGUGUUUCAGUCAGCUGUGUGUCAGUCUGCUGUGUUUCAGUCUGCUGUGUUUCAGUCCGCUGUGUUUCAGUCAGCUGUGUUUCAGUCUGCUGUGUUUCAGUCUGCUGUGUUUCAGUCCGCUGUGUUUCAGUCAGCUGUGUGUCAGUUCGCUGUGUGUCAGUCCGCUGUGUGUCAGUCCAUUGUGUGUCAGUGAGCUGCAGGGAUGGCGCACCACGAGCAGAGCACAGCUACUUUCCCCGAACACAUCCGCAAGAAACGGAAUGGUGAACAGCUGAGCGCUGGGGAGAUCCGAGACUUCGUACAGGGUGUCAAGGACAAGACCAUCCAAGAGAGCCAAAUUGGAGCCAUGCUGAUGGCAAUCUGGCUGCAGGGAAUGGUAGCAGAGGAGACUCUCGCACUGACGAAGGAGAUGAUGAUGUCAGGGGAAGUGAUGUCAUGGCCGGCAGAGUGGGAGGGGCUAAUGGUGGAUAAACACUCGACAGGUGGAGUGGGGGACAAGAUCAGCCUGGUGCUGGCUCCUGCUCUGGCUGCCUGCGGCUGCAAGGUACCCAUGAUAAGUGGCAGAGGUCUGGCACACACAGGCGGCACGCUUGACAAACUGGAGUCCAUCCCUGGCUUUAACGUCUAUCAGUCUGUACAACAGCUGCAUCGAAUCCUGGAGGAGGUUGGCUGUUGCAUUGUAGGACAGACAGAUAACCUGGUGCCUGCUGACAAGGUCAUGUACGCUCUGAGAGACGUUACGUCUACAGUCGACAGCCUCCCACUCAUCACAGGCUCUAUCAUCUCUAAGAAGGGUGCUGAGUCUCUGAGUGCCUUGGUUCUGGAUGUGAAGUUUGGGAAUGCAGCUCUCUACAAAGACCUGGGCAGUGCCAAGUCGCUGGCCCAGUCCAUGGUGACAGUUGGGAACAGUUUGGGGAUCCGUACGGGGGCGGUACUUAGUCGUAUGAACUGUCCUAUUGGUCGCUGUGUGGGGAACACUCUGGAAGUGAUGGAGUCCCUGGAGUGUCUAAAGGGGAGGGGCCCAGACGACAUACUGGAGCUGGUUACAAGUCUGGGUGGGCUGCUGUUGUGGAUGAUUGGCCGUGCAGGGAGCCUGGAGGAGGGUAAAAAGGUGAUCUCUACAACCCUGCAGAAUGGUGCAGCCCUGGAAAAGUUCCAGAACAUGAUGAUUGGUCAGGGAGUAGCCAGUCAGAUCGCUGCAUCACUCUGUUCAACCAACGCAGACUACUACAGCAUCCUGAGACUGGCACACUACCAGACAGAACUGGAGACACAGGGCCACGGAACAGUGCUGGACAUAGACGGCAUGGUCAUUGCUCAGGUGCUGCACAGGUUGGGGGCGGGACGUUCGAAGGCCGGAGACCCUGUCAAUCACAGCGUGGGGGCGGAGCUUCUGGUGUCUUUGGGACAUAAGGUGGAGAAAGGGCAGCCAUGGCUGCGUGUCCACUACGAGACUCCGGCGCUGAGUGCAGAGCAGAGACUCAGUCUACAAGGGGCGCUGACACUGGGGCCCGUCGACCUGCUACACACACAGCCACUAGUGGCAGAAAUCAUACUGCCAUAGUGACACAAAUCCACUCUAUGUUAAAGCUUGAUUGGGAGAUGCCUUUUUAAAGGAUGUAUAGUUCAGAACUAAAGCCUCUGUGUCCUGCUCUUCA